UCACACAUACCACAGAACUCUCCAUUCACUUUGGAUACAGAGGAUAUUCCAAGAGGACCUUGUCUUCUUUUCUUUAAAUCUGGUUCGAAAGUUGUUGUUUUUUUUUCCCUCCCCCAGAUCCAACUUUUUCAGAACUUCCACAGUUCCUGGAGGUUGAUUCCUGAAGUUGGUUGAAAACUUUUGGUGCAGCUGCUUUAAGACUGCUGCAGUGGAUUCACACUGAGGAGGAGAAUAACGGUCAUCAAGCUCUCAAGAUGCCACGUUCGUUUUUGGUGAAGAAGUAUUUUACAAGCAAGAAGCCGAACUACAGUGAGCUGGAGAGCCAAAAUGGUCCAAUCUCUGCCAUGGUACCAGAGCGCUACCCGCUUGCAGAACUACCGACCAAAGAAGACGGCUCCCUGUUGACCACAUACACUUCGGCUCUUGUAUGGACCACCAGCGCCCUUCCGCUUUCCUUCCCUCCUUCAUCCCCUACCACACCAUCCUCCAUCGCACCACUGGACCUCAGUUCUCCGUCCAGCUCGGGUGAGGAAGAUGAAGGCAGAACUUCCGACCCCCCGAGCCCGGAUCCUUCGGACCGUUUCCAGUGCGCUCACUGCGGGAUUUCCUGCAGCAGCCGUGCCGCGCUUUCGCGCCACCAGCUCUCGCAUUGCAGCGCAAGCACCAAUGCCAACCUGGUUGAAAAUUCCAACAUGGCCGACAGCACGACAACAAGGGCUGCCUUCCGGUGCAAACACUGCCCCAAAGAGUACAACAGCCUGGGAGCUUUGAAGAUGCACAUCCGCUCACACACGCUUCCAUGCGUCUGCACCACCUGCGGAAAGGCGUUUUCCAGACCAUGGUUACUCAGGGGCCACAUUCGUACACACACCGGCGAGCGUCCAUUCUCCUGCCCUCAUUGUAACCGGGCUUUUGCUGACCGCUCCAAUCUGAGAGCUCAUCUUCAGACCCAUUCAGAGGUGAAAAAGUACCAGUGUGGCACCUGCUCUCGAACCUUCAGCCGCAUGUCACUCCUGCACAAACACACCGUCUCCAGCUGCUGCCCGACAGCCUAGACGCUCACACACAACCACCCACUCACUCACAAUGGAGGUGGGGGUGUUAGCAGUGGUUAACCAUCGUCCUGUUGACUGUUGAGUCUGGUCCUGUCCUGGUGGACGAACUCAGGUUAAGGGCGAAAAUUUAUCUGCUGGAAAGAACCCCAGAAAUGUUUCUGAAGUGCCUUAUAUUGUGUUUCUUUUUCUUCACUGGGUUUCAUACCAGACAAAGACAGAUUUAGGCAACAUCGCACAAAUGCUGCGAAAUGUUUUCCUAACCCAGUUCGAUCAAGGUUAAC